UAUUAUCUUGUUUUGCAAAUGUCGUAAGGCUGACAAUGAUUGUGAUGGAAAGCGACCAUUGCACGUGACCCAAAUUAGCGGCGCGAGUUUCGGAGAACGACCAAAUUGACAUCUCGUCAUUCUAAGAGAGCGUGUACCGACAUCACACAACACCGCCGCCAUGCCUCCACGACUGAACGUCAGCGCCUUCUCGCGCUCAAUUGCCUUCCGACCCAGGCCCCAGCUCCAAUGGCCUGCCCGCUCCGCGCUGCGAAUGACGCCCUCGCAAAGCCGCUUCUAUGCCGACGACGCCCCUUCACAGGACCGAUCCCACAAGCCCAGUUCGGAGCCUAUUGAGCAUGUUUCGGAGGAGGCAGCGAAGACGGCGCAGAUCAUGGGCGAGCAGGGCCCCGAUGUCAACCAGGGCACACCUGUCGAGGACAUCGUGAAGGGCGACUUGGAAGCACAGAAGAAUCUCCCCAAGGUCAUGCAGGAUGCGCUCAAGCAGGGCAGUAAGACGCCUGCACCCAAGGGCUCGCGCUCGUACUCCACCAUGACGACACGGUCGGAAGAGGGAAUGGACAUGGGUCUUGUCGACUUCGAGGCUGCCUCCAAGCUGCCAGUGACUCCCGGGCUGAAGUUUGAGGCGCCGACCCUCCCUCUACCCAAGGACGGUCACGUCAAGCACCGGUAUGACCCCGUUGUUGAUCAAGUCACCAACCUUCUCAUGCGACACGGCAAGAAGAGUGUUGCUCAACGUCAAAUGGCAGUAACUCUCCAAUACCUCCGAACUUCACCAAUUCCCACGAUCAAUCCAGCGCGUCCACUCCUUCCUGGCGCCCCGCCGCCAUCACACCUUCCUUUGAACCCCAUUCUCUACCUCACACUCGCUAUCGACUCUGUCGCCCCGCUCCUUAGAAUCAAAGCCAUAAAAGGUGCUGCAGGUGGUGGUGCGGCGCUACAGUUGCCAAACCCUCUCAGCCAGAGACAGCGAAGGAGAACAGCUAUUCAGUGGAUCUUGACCGCUGCCUCGAAGAGGAGAAACGUGGGUAGCGGCAAGAACAGCCUGGGACAGCGUGUUGCGCAGGAGGUGGUCUCAGUCAUCGAAGGCAAGAGCGGUGUCUGGGAGAAGCGCAACGCUAUUCACAAGCUGGGAGUAGCUGCCCGUGCCAACAUUGUUCUGCCCAAGAGGAGAUAGAGCUAGUUAUGCUGGAGUUCGGAAAAUGGAGGCCUACUAUUGCACGGUGUAUCAUAUUGUAACAAGCAAGCAAGGAGUCAACGCGCAAAAAUGUACUUCUGCAUCAUCAAGAUUAAGUAUUUGCAAUGCCCACGAUAGAAUGAAUGUUCCUGCAUCGUGGUCCUGUCGUGUGCCAAAUGCACAAUUCAUUAAUCAUAAAUCUGGAGAGCUCCACAUGCUCAGCCACACCUGACUAGCCGCCCGCAGGCUUCAGUUGGUGUCAUCCAUGUGACAGCUCCGACUCCGAGUACCUUAAGAGAUCAUAACUAUAGCUUCGUACAUGGGCCAGAACGCAUCUUCAUAUUCAAGAAAUACUGCUAGGCAGACUCGCUGAACAUCAUUGAGAACGCGCACGUCAAUUGAGUGACUUCUACACCACUCUCAGCUGCGAACGUCAUACGCCAAGAAAUCAGGCUGGGCAGGAGGGGGUCUGUCUCCA